UCUGGUGGCCGGGUAGCCAGCCUUGCGGACCGGAAGAUGCAGGUGGAGAAGGCCCAGGGGUGCUGGUCAACAGCCCCAGCGUUCUGAGGGGCAGCAGGUCUCUGCCCCAGCCCUGUACCUGAGAGAGCCUAGAGAAGUGGGAUCCUGGCACCCCAACCCCGCAGGCAAGGCAAGUCAGAGCCCAGCCUCUGGCCAGAGGCGGAGCGGAGGCCGCGGGCCCAGCGCCGAGGAUGCUCAUCAAGGAGUACCGCAUCCUGCUGCCCAUGAGCUUGGACGAGUACCAGGUGGCCCAGCUCUACAUGAUCCAGAAGAAGAGCCGAGAGGAAUCAAGCGGUGAGGGCAGCGGCGUGGAGAUUCUGGCCAACCGGCCCUACACAGAUGGGCCCGGCGGCAGUGGACAGUACACGCACAAAGUGUACCACGUUGGCUCCCAUAUCCCUGGCUGGUUCCGGGCACUGCUCCCCAAGGCUGCCCUGCAGGUGGAGGAGGAAUCCUGGAACGCGUAUCCCUACACCCGAACCCGGUACACCUGCCCCUUCGUGGAGAAAUUCUCCAUUGAAAUAGAGACCUAUUACCUGCCUGAUGGGGGUCAGCAGCCCAACGUCUUCAACCUGAGCGGGGUUGAGAGGCGUCAACGCAUCCUAGACACCAUUGACAUCGUCCGGGAUGCAGUGGGCCCAGGCGAGUACAAAGUGGAGGAGGACCCCCGUCUGUACCACUCUGUCAAGACGGGCCGGGGGCCGCUGGCUGACGACUGGGCUCGGACAGCGGCGCAGACGGGGCCCCUCAUGUGCGCCUACAAGCUGUGCAAGGUGGAGUUUCGCUACUGGGGCAUGCAGGCCAAGAUUGAGCAGUUCAUCCAUGACGUGGGUCUGCGCCGGGUGAUGCUUCGAGCACACCGCCAGGCCUGGUGCUGGCAGGACGAGUGGACGGAGCUGAGCAUGGCUGACAUCCGGGCCCUGGAGGAGGAGACUGCCCGAAUGCUGGCCCAGCGCAUGGCCAAGUGCACCACGGGCAGUGAGGGGCCCGAGGCCCAGCCCCCCGGGAAGCCAGGCCCCGAGGUCCGGCCAGGGGCCAGCCUAGCCAGCACCCCCAACAGGCCGGAGGCUGCUGCCGGCCCGGACGCCUCGCCGGACACCAGCUUCGGCAAACAGUGGUCCUCGUCUUCCCGCUCCUCCUACUCAUCCCAGCAUGGAGGGGGUGUGUCCCCCCAGAGCCUGUCUGAGUGGCGCAUGCAGAACAUUGCCAGAGACUCCGAGAAUAGCUCUGAGGAGGAGUUCUUUGAUGCCCACGAAGGCUUCUCGGACAGUGAAGAGGUCUUUCCCAAGGAGAUGACCAAGUGGAAUUCCAACGACUUCAUCGACGCCUUCGCCUCUCCCACGGAGGCUGAGGGGGCUCCAGACCCUGGAAUGGAGGCCACUAAAGGCAUGGAGGACGGGUCCCAAGGCGCCAGGGACUCAGAGGGCCCAGACGGAACCGGGGACCUGGGGGCUGAGGCCUGCUCGGUGCACGCCCUCUUCCUCAUCCUACACAGCGGCAACAUCCUAGACUCGGGCCCCGGGGAUGCCAAUUCCAAGCAGGCCGACGUGCAGACGCUCAGCGUGGCCUUCGAAGCUGUUACCCGCAUCCACUUCCCGGAGGCCCUAGGCCAUGUGGCGCUUCGCCUGGUGCCCUGCCCGGCCAUCUGUGCUGCCGCCUAUGCCCUCGUCUCCAACCUGAGCCCCUACAGCCAUGACGGCGACAGCCUAUCCCGCUCCCAGGACCACAUCCCUCUGGCCGCCCUGCCCCUGCUGGCCACCUCGUCCUCUCGCUACCAGGGCGCCGUGGCCACUGUCAUCACUCGCACCAACCAGGCCUACAGCGCCUUCCUGCGCUGCCCCGAGGGCACAGGCUUCUGCGGGCAGGUGGUGCUGAUUGGAGAUGGUGUUGGCGGAAUCCUGGGCUUCGACGCGCUCUGCCACAGUGCCAACGCAGCCACGGGAAGCCGGAGCAGCAGCCGCCGAGGAAGCCUGAACAACGAGCUGCUCUCCCCUGAGGUCGGCCCAGUGCGGGACCCCCUGGCAGAUGGGGCAGACGGACUGGGCCGGGCUAGCCCAGAACCGUCGGCCCUGCCUGCCCAGCGCACCCCCGGCGACAUGGCCAAUCCUGAGCCUGAAGGGACCCAGAACAGCCUGCAGGCCGGCCCCUCGGCCCCCUCCGGAGAGUCCUGGCGGACCAGUACAGCCUCCUGCCCCCCAGCUGCUGGCUCCGAGGUGUCAGACGGACCCACCAGUGCAGCCCGCCUGGACUUCAAGGUCUCCAGCUUCUUCCUCUUUGGCUCCCCACUGGGCCUGGUGCUGGCUCUGCGCAAAACUGUGAUGCCCGCCUUAGAGGUGGCCCAGAUGCGCCCAGCCUGCAGGCAGAUCUACAACCUCUUCCAUGCCGCCGACCCCUGCGCCUCCCGUCUGGAGCCCCUGCUGGCCCCCAAGUUCCAGGCCAUCGCCCCGCUGGCUGUUCCCCGCUACCAGAAGUUCCCCCUGGGAGACGGCUCCUCCCUGCUGCUGGCUGAAACGCUGCAGACAAACUCCAGUCUGUUUCUGGAGGAGCUGGACAUGAUGGUACCCUCCACGCCCACCUCGGCCAGUGGUGCCUUCUGGAAGGGCAGUGAGUUGGGCACUGAGCCUCCUGCCCAGCCAGCUGCCCCCAGCACCACCAGUGAGGUGGUCAAGAUCCUGGAGCGCUGGUGGGGGACCAAGCGGAUUGACUACUCGCUGUACUGCCCCGAGGCGCUCACGGCCUUCCCCACCAUCACGCUGCCUCACCUCUUCCACGCCAGCUACUGGGAGUCGGCCGAUGUAGUGGCCUUCAUCCUGCGCCAGGUGAUCGAGAAGGAGAGACCCCAGUUGGCCGAGUGCGAGGAGCCGUCCAUAUACAGCCCGGCCUUCCCCAGGGAGAAGUGGCAGCGCAAACGCACGCAGGUCAAGAUCCGGAAUGUCACUUCCAACCACCGGGCAAACGACACGGUGGUGUGCGAGGGUCGCUCUCAGGUGCUGAAUGGACGCUUCAUGUAUGGGCCCUUGGACGUAGUCACGCUCACGGGAGAGAAGGUGGACGUCUACGUCAUGACGCAGCCGCUGUCCGGCAAGUGGAUCCACUUCGGCACUGAGGUCACCAACAGCUCUGGCCGCCUGGCCUUCCCGGUACCCCCAGAGCGUGCCCUGGGUAUCGGGGUCUACCCUGUGCGCAUGGUGGUCAGGGGUGACCACACAUACGCCGAGUGCUGCUUGACGGUGGUGGCCCGCGGCACAGAGGCCGUGGUCUUCAGCAUCGACGGCUCCUUCACCGCCAGCGUGUCCAUCAUGGGCAGCGACCCCAAGGUGCGCGCUGGCGCCGUGGAUGUGGUCAGGCACUGGCAGGAUGCGGGCUACCUGAUCGUGUACGUGACAGGCCGGCCGGACAUGCAGAAGCACCGUGUGGUGGCCUGGCUGUCCCAGCACAACUUCCCCCACGGCGUGGUCUCCUUCUGUGAUGGCCUCACCCACGACCCGCUGCGCCAGAAGGCCAUGUUCUUACAGAACCUGCUGCAGGAGGUAGAGCUGAACAUCGUGGCUGGCUACGGGUCCCCCAAAGACGUGGCUGUGUACGCGGCGCUGGGCCUGCCUCCCAGCCAGACCUACAUCGUGGGCCGGGCCGUGCGGAAGCUGCAGGCACAGUGCCAGUUCCUCUCUGAUGGCUACGUGGCCCACCUGGGCCAACUGGAGGGAGGUUCCCACCCUCAUGCCCCACCGGGACCCCCGAGGGCUGCCUUGGCCAAGAGCAGCUACGGCGUGGGCGCCCCGGUGGACUUCCUGCGCAAACAGAGCCAGCUGCUGCGUUCCCGGGGCCCCAGCCAGGCAGAGCGAGAGGGCCCGGGGACGCCACCCACCACCCUGGCUCGGGGCAAGGCCCGAAGCAUCAGCCUGAAGAUGGACAGCGAGGAGUGAGGCUGCCCUAGCCAGAUAGGCUGCCCAUUUAUACCCCAGGGCCCGACGGACCAGGGCCUGGAGGCUGAGGGCUGUGGUCUCCAACCAUGCCCUGCCCCGCCCCGCCCUGCCCGCCUGGCCCCUGCAUCCAUCUGUCCAGUCCAUCAGUGUUACUCCCUUUCCGUGUGGGGGACCCGGCCUGGGGGGAGGGGGGGGGAGGGAGU